AUGGAUUAUUCUGAAUUGGCUAUACUUGUUAUUCUUUUCUUUACUGCAGCAGCUCUAACAUAUACGGGAAUAGUAUUUAAGUUGUUCCCAAAUUCUUCAACUAUCAAUCUUUUAGAUUACAUCAUUGUGGGUACCGCCCUAGUUUUUGGAAUGACCGCUUUCCUUGGCUUUCCGCCGGACAUAGCUGAGUCCAGUUCUAUGGUAUCUUCUGAGUCAUCAGCCUUCUCCACUGGCCCCAUGGUAGGCCUCUGGAAGUUUCUGUACUUUGGCUGGCUGGCCUUCAACUGGGCUGUGAUCUUUCUCUAUAAGCAGCUCCUCAAGUCUGGCCACUGGAACUUCUGGGGCCGGCUGGGUCAUGGGAUGCUUCGCACCCUGACCAUCUACCUGCUUAUAGGCAUCCCUGCAAUUAUUGUGGUUGUCGUGCUGAUAGCUACCAGAAAAUUCACCAUGAAUGUCCUCUACACGCUAUUGAUAUCUCUUAUUAACACGUUUGGAACAUUCCAGAUAGUCAUCUUGCUGGCCUAUGGCAUCGUCGACGUGCCCAGGAGACUUAUUAUGGCUGCCUUUCCUACUCUUAGGCUGUAUCAGGUUUACUAUGAUGCGUUCAAGACCGCACGCAAUAUCCGCAAGAUAUACAAAAGCAUUCUCUUUCAGAGGAGCAACCAAAAUGUGGGCCUGUCCAUUAUUCCUCGCUCGAAUCACAUGUAUGUUUAUAGUCAGCGCCUUGUUGCGAUGCAGUUGGUCCCAAACGAGAAGCUGGAUGCGUUGGUGGAAAAAGCAACUGUUACUGGAAGGGGUUCUGCUAAAGUGCCAUCUUCGGCAAAGGUUUUGUAUUCGUCCAAUUGUGAGUCCAAUAAGUUGUAUCAGAGUGCCCCUGUUCUUCCAGAUCAGGUCUCUUCCAGUUCCGGUGUUCAGAACAACACCCGCCAAAUGAAAAACGUUCCCCUCCCACCAAGGAGUCAUCAUUCCAACAUCAAGUCAGAUUCUACUUGCAAUUUGUUCCAUGAGGUUAAAGAAAAAACCAUAGUUGAAUGCAGGACAUCAACACAGUUCUCACGCUUAUCAGGGGCUAGUGCCAAUUCUCAGCAACGAGGGUCCAGCGCUCUCACAGAAGAUUCUAUUGAGAUGUCUUCAUCUAAGUUUCUUGGUGGAAAGACAGAGGCCGAGAACACAUCUUCCGCGACUGACGCGCACCUCGUAGAAAGCCCAACAGAGAGGCCUGUCUCGGACUACUGUACACCAGAAGUAAAGUUGGCUGGGCGGUUGGUGAAGUUUCCGAGCGGCCCCACGACGGUGGACAUGCCCUUCUGCAGCUGUAACUGUCAUGGAGGACCACGGAGGACCAUCACUACCUCUGUUGUCCAGGGCUUAAAGCUUGUUGAAAAGUCCAACUUCAAGUUGAAGUUCUUGUACUGGAAUGCUAUGCGUGAGCAUGGUGCAAUGGAGUAUCUGGUUGUGCAGAGAAACUAUUAUGAAAUGCUCGUUAAUUGCCGUAAAAAAGGCAGUACUCUACAUGAUCUGAUGGGUCAGCCAAACCUUAACCCGUAUUGGGCUAAGGUGCUGGGGAGUAGGUGCUUAGGAAAGAUGAGUUUCUUGUACAUUAAGUAUUUUCGCUCGCUUUUGUUGAUGCUGGUAGCCAUGAUCUUUGUAUUCUUUUCGGUCGUUCUAGUCCUGUCUGAGCUGAUGUCUCCCAUAGAGGCAUUUGCAGCCCAUUCCCCCUUGCUGGUUCUCUACAAUUAUGUCACUGAUACGAGCUCUGCUAGUGCCAGAUUAGUUCUUGUCUAUGCUAUCUUUGGACUUUUGGUUGCAUAUCUUCAAUGCGCCCUGCUCAACCUUCGGUUUUUCAAUAUCUAUCGUCUUGUGAAGCACUCCACAGACAUUAUGUCUCUUCUGUUCAUCAUCGCUCGGGUGCCAACGUAUAUAUUUCCUUUGGGGUGGAAUCUGAUGCUCUUGCUCAACAUUCAGUUUGACACUGCGUACGGAACAGUUAUGGCUCAAAUGAGUGCGAUACCCAUCAUGGGCAUGGACUUCUCAAACUAUUUUCCAAUUGUGAUAAUUGUUCUGACAAUCCUUUUUGCCAGUAAUCUCGAUAGAAUUAUUUGGGCAGCAAUGGGUCAGGACAUCACACCUAAUAUGAUAUGUCUUUUACGCAAGAGCUACAAGGUCGAGGAAGGCAAGGAGCAUUUAAACCAAUGGGUCACAGGAACGUUUGAGUAUCUUGAAACAGAGGAGAACACGCCACAGAAGCCGCCAAACUGCUGUACAAGGUGCAUAAGAUCCAUCUUUGCACCAGCAAACAGCGGAGAUUAG